AUGUCUUUCGAUUACAUGACAGUAUUCCAAGCUAGAAGCCUGAACAUUGACCGAAGUCUCGAGUUGGAUAUAAUGCUUGCCCAACUUUUAUCACCAAUGCUCGCAACACCUGUCUUCGAAAGCUUAAAUUCCAUGGAGGAAACGUCUAAUUUGUCGCUCUCUCUACCUGAUAAUUCCUCUGAAUGGUCUGAAUAUCUUGGCAAGGACCUCAUUACAGGUCAAACGUUUUGUACAUCCGAUCUGGAGAUCCCUGUACUAGAGGAGUACUCAUCUCCCGCUGCAAAUGAAGAGGGGAGCUCCUGUCAAACCAAUAGCAAUAGCGAGAUGCAAACUCUCGAAGCUAGCAUUGCAUGGACCCUGGAUUCUGUGAAUGGUGCUACGCAUGCCAUUCUUACAGCCAUCACGAUGGUCAAUCCCGAAAGUAGUAACGCGUAUAGUAGCAAGAUCGGAUCACCAAACACUCCUCUAAAUGGUAGUGCCAGCCCCGUUUAUGAUGCCAUGGAGGUCGCCUCUCAAAUAUUCUCACGUCGAGACUCUGGUGUUGACUUCGAACCGUACAUCCCUCUAAACAAGGAUGUACUCCGUCAACCAGUUAUAGAAGAAGAAGCAAGCAGCGCUAGUGAAGACAGCAACUCUAGUAACGACUCAGAUGAUGAAUACGAUGCUGACACACCAAGAAAGCAAGCACCAGCCCUCUCCCGUAAACGUCGUAGUAGUGCCACCGCCGGUAAUGGCAGAAUCACCAAACCAUUUGUAAGAGUGUUGAGCAAGGUCUUUGAACAAACUUGUUACCCAGAAACCAGUAUACGGGAAUUGCUCGCUGAACGGAUGGAUAUGAAGCCACGGGCCGUGCAAAUAUGGUUCCAGAAUAAGAGACAGCAUCUUAAGGCUGCUGGUGUUAGUGAAGGGUUAAGGACCAAGAAGGGCGGCGAUAAUAUCAGAGUCGACCAACUGCAACCAGAAGAUGUGGAGAUGUGGUGUGCUGAAGUUGGAUUUUAA